AUGAUCGAUGAGCAUCAUCCAAUGCAGAUUGGCAUGUUUCCAAUGGACAUGAAAUGUCAACAACAACAACAUCAACAGCAGCAGCAGCAGCAGCACCAACAACAACAACAUCCGCAAAAUGGGAGCCUCAAUCAACUGCUGCUGUUGAACGGAAAUGAGCGCAUGUUAACAACACCCACACCAACAGCAGCAACAGUAACGGAUAUAACAACGGUAGCAACAGCAGCAACAACAACAACGGCAGUGGCAGCGGCAACGGCAACAGGCAACAAGCCUGGGGCUAGCCACAAUGACAAAAUGGCGUCAAUCAGCCGAAAUGUCAACGGAAGUUGCAACAACCUCAAUAGCAACACCAACAGCAAUACCAAAACCCAUGCACAUCAGCAGCAUCAGCAGCAGCAACAUUCAAUGCCCAUGACAAUGCCUGGACAAGGACCAGGUCCACCAUCAGCCCCCAACCAUACUCAACUCUGCAGUCGUAUCACUCUGGGUGAAUGCAGUCUCAAUGGUAUGAGCAAUUUUACAGCACCAGCACCUCCAUUGGCAACAACAAACAGCACACCGCAAGCGCCUCAAAUACUCCAACAGCACACGGCAAUGGCCAUGGGUGCCGGUGUGGGUGUGAGUGUGGGUGUGGGUGGUGUGGGAGCACCGCUUAACCAGUGCUCUUACUGCUGUCAGCCAAUUUGUGAUCGCUACAUCAUGAGGGUGGUGGACAAUUCAUUUCACGAGAGUUGCCUCAAAUGCACAGCAUGUUCCCUACAUUUGGUACACUCCUGCUAUGCAAAGGAUGGCAAACUCUUUUGCCGCAUCGACUAUGAGAGACUCUAUAUACGCAAUCGUUGCCUUGGCUGCGGCCAUAAAAUUGCACACGAUGAGCUUGUGAUGCGAUGUCAUGAGAAUGUAUUCCAUUUGAAGUGCUUUGCCUGUGUGGUAUGCGGAUCAUUACUAAAAAAGGGCGAACAAUAUGUGGUUAAACAGGGACAACUGUUCUGUCGUUUCGAUUAUGAGAAGGAAGUUGAAAUGCUUCAAGGAUAUGACUUCUAUAGCGAUGAUAUAUUUCCGCCCAAAAUGGAUGGCAGACGUGGUCCAAAGCGUCCCAGAACUAUAUUGAAUACCCAACAGAGGCGGGCCUUUAAAGCCUCCUUUGAGGUGUCACCCAAACCUUGUCGCAAAGUGAGAGAGAAUUUGGCCAAAGAGACUGGUUUAAGCUUAAGGAUCGUGCAGGUUUGGUUUCAAAAUCAACGUGCCAAGGUUAAGAAAAUCCAAAAGAAGGCCAAACAAGAGCCACCAUCUAAGGGUGCCAGCGACUCGCAAGAUUCACAAGAGUCCCAGGACAGCAGUCUGGCCACAAAGAUCAAAGAUGAGGCUCACAGUGACAGUGAAUCGCCCAUGGAAUCAUCGCCAUAUUCAGCCACUUCCGAUGGUUUGGCUCGACUCCGUUGCACAAUUAAGGAUGAACAGGAGCAAGUGCCCUUCAACUGCAUGGAAACUAAUAAAGAGAACUGCAAUAAAAACAACGAGCCCAUUUUGAAUACCAUAUUGGGUUUAAGCUAUGCCACAUUUCAACAACUCAUGGGUCCUUUCACCCAAACGCCAAUGAUUAAUCCAAUCGAUCGGCUAUAUAGCAUGCAAAGCUCUUACUUCCGACCCGAGGAGCUGGGAGCCUAUGGCGAAUGCGGUGGCGGCAAGGAGCCAAUGGACUAAAGUCCUAACUAGA